AUGGCAGAUCUCGAUAAGAGAAAGGCAAAGAAGAAUUCCGAGCUUAUACGCCAAGGAAUUGUCCAAUGCCUCACUCUCGAAGCGGAAUGCGAGGCCCUGAGGGACAGUCUUGCAGAGAGUCAAGGCCAUGGUCAGAAGCUGGAAGCUCGGAUUGCAGAGAUGACAGCUGAUCGUGAAGGGCUGAUGAAGAUACUCGCAGAGAAGGAUACUCUUAUCGAAAGGUACAAUGCUCUGAUGUCAGAGACCUUAGACAGGACCUUGCGUCGAGAGCGACAGGACUUGAGAGACGAUGAGGCCAACGUGCUAUUGGCAUCGGAGGAAGACAUUGAUGUUGAGAUGGACAAGAAGGAAAAGAAGGCUCUUGAACGUGAGGAGUCAAGUGACUCAGAAAGGGGUCAGCUUCAAGCCAAAAGACCCAGUCUUACCCGGCACGGUGCUCUAGUCCCACGUAUGCAAGUGUCUCAGAUCCAAAGUCCCCCAACUUCAGAUCGAAGACGUCCGCAAAAUGGUCGAGAGACUGUUCCAAGACUCCUGAGACAAGACGCGCAGAUGUAUGACAGUGAGGAAGGUGAGGGAUUGACUGAGCGCGAUAGUCUAUUGGAGAUGGCACGAGAGGCAGCGAUUCGAAAGCCGAGAAAAACAAACCAUUAA